AUGGCGCCUGUUGUCGCCAAAUCGCUCAGUAGACUGUCGCGAGAAGCUGUCAUUGACCUUGCAUUGUCAUGGCUGGAGGACCGUCGCACCUCAAAACCCUAUCUCUUGAACAACCGCAGGCUAUUUGAAGUGGAGGAAGAAGAUUACCUUCAUGUUCCAGCUGAAAAUAUCGAAGCAUUACGCCUGAUAUACCGCCAGUUCCAGAAAGACGGCUCCCAGAUCAGAAAGCAGGAUGUCAUUGACCGCAUUGUUGACGGCGACUGGCGCAGAGGACUGUCGCUUCAUCAACACGCCAGCAUUGAUUUUGCUUAUUUGGAGCAGAACGAUGCCGCGUUAAGAUGGAGUGCCCUUCGGCUCGUGCCGCUUGCAAGAGAAGAACACACACUGCAGGGAGAAGACGAAUCGUAUCCCUCUAAAAAGAGGCGGAAACUGAGCCAUGAUGGAGGCAAUCCGGGAUAUCCUCAGGUCUCGCCCCAGACCUUCCUGGCUGCUCUAAAGGCGGAGAUCUCACCCCUGGUCAAAGCACAUUACCACCUCCACCGAAUGGCGGCGCCAUAUGAUCUCACCAUUAUUCGACUCUACAUCACACCCGAUACCGCCUUCCGGCCUCGCAGUUCUAGCGUUCCCAGGCGCGCCAGAGAGGCGACAGACUCGGGGAGAGUUAUGUAUGUGGCACUGCCGGAUAAUUGCCCAUACGUAUAUGUCUCAUUGUCCGGCUCUACUGGCUCUGCUGGACGUGGAAGGGGUGCCAGAGACUCGAAAGGCAGAGUGAUGGCCAAGGUCGACAUGGCCACAAUGAAAAAGAUCGUCCUCGAAGCCAUCCCGAAAGCUCUGUCUCGACCGCAGGAGAGGUGGGCUCUCGAGUCAACGAAACUCACAGCAAAGUCUCUCCAAAGUGUUUGCGAGCUGAGGGGGAACCAAAAGCCAGGCACAGGAGGUGGAGCAUACAGUGUCUUCACAAUCAAGACUCGAGCUUCUCAGAGCAGCCCCGUGGAUGUACAGGUGCAGGAAGAACCAACCGAGAGCGACCUGCGUAGCCCCGUUGGCCAGCGAUUCGGCCAUAUGACCGGCGAACACUACGCGGCUCUGGACCGUGUCCAUGUCACGAUCAAGAAUUUGAUACAGCGGGACGCGGAUACCUGCCCAGACCCGCUUGGAAAAGACACAGGCGAUGCUGGGCUCACUUUUGCUGGCUCGGAUGUUUUUUUGGGGCUGCGUAAGCUGGCGGAGAUGGGGACGGCCUACGUGGACUUGGAUAGGAUGCCUGCUUGGAUGACUGGCGAGAUGGGAGUCAGCAGCCUCACAGGGUAG